UCUAAACAUCCUCUCUCUCUCUCUGAUCUCUCUUGCUGGGUUUCCUGAUCUUCUGGGUUAAUAUUUGGACAAGAAUUUGCGAAGUCAAUCAUAUAUAUUUUGUUUGUGUACAAAUACAAUGGAAAGCUUGAGUUUCUUCAUUGGAGUAAUUGGAAAUGUAAUCUCAGUCCUCAUGUUUCUUUCUCCCAUAGACACUUUUUGGAGAAUAGUGAAGCAGCGAUCGACGGAAGAGUUUGAGAGCUUGCCAUACAUAUGUACAUUGUUGAGCGCUGCGCUGUGGACUUACUAUGGAAUCAUCAAGCCUGGAAGUUAUCUUGUGGCGACUGUUAAUGGAUUUGCCAUUGUUGUUGAAGUUGUCUUUGUGACAUUGUUCCUUAUAUAUGCACCAUCAAAAAUGAGGGCGAAAACAUGGGUGCUUGUUGGGAUAUUAGAUGUGGGGUUUCUAGCAGUAGCAGUGUUGGUUACUCAAUUAGCAUUUGAAGGAGAGAGAAGAAUUGAUGCGAUUGGGUUCUUGUGUGCUGGCUUGAAUAUUGUCAUGUAUGGCUCACCUCUUGCUGCAAUGAAAAAAGUGAUCACAACGAAGAGCGUGGAGUACAUGCCGUUCUUCCUCUCGUUUUUUCUUUUCUUGAACGGAGGGAUUUGGGCAGUCUAUGCUUUGCUCGUCCAAGAUUAUUUUCUUCUGGUCCCAAACGGGACCGGAUUUCUUCUAGGAACAGCACAGCUGGUUUUGUACGCGAUAUACAGGAAGGCUGAGCCAUCUACAACUAGUGUUGCUUCAGACAGAUUGGAAGAUGGAUGGCAACAGGAGCCUCUUAUUUCACCCUCCCAUGACCAGGCUGAAGGAUGAUUAAUACAGGAUUACUUAAUCCCACCGUGGAUUCACAAGCACCAGAUCCUACGCUAGCUACCUUUGGAUUCUUGACGAAUAUUUGUUUUUUUUUUUUUAAUAGUUUUAGUUAUUGAUGCAUUCAAAUAUGAAGCAUUAAUAUGUGUUACGAAUAUUCUUAUACGUAUUUGGACAAACUAGUAUGGUAUCGUUCUCGUAUUUGGAAAAAAGUGACCCUUACACUUUAGUGACCUGGUCCAACUUUGAAAAUAAAAUUGGGCCUACAACUGUGUAACUCUGUACGC